UUUUCUUGCAUCUCAAAGACAAUGACUUUUACAAAACCUUUUUUUUGUUUGUUCAAAUACAAAAACCUUAUGCUAUACAAUAAUGCUUGUAAAAGUUCUAAAACUUUGUAACCAUCCAAUGUUACACAUACGAAAAACUGGAACUUUAUUACAUUCUACGAUAUUACAUUGCAAAGGAACAAGCGACUGCACUGAAUUAAUAAUUUAAUAUCUAUUGCUUAGUUGACUCCAUUUUCUACAAAAUUAACGCCAUAGUCUGCAUGUACGUGAGCUUAUGGGGAGACAACAAUUUACGCAUUAAAAAAAAACUGUUAAAUGCUAUCAUUUUAUGAAUUCCCUAGCCUACAAGUUUAGCAGUGGGAAAGAUUAUCAUUUUUGGUUCGAAAAAUACACUACUUAAUUAUGGCCAAUUAAUAUCACAUAUUGGUCAGCAAAGACCUCACGCCAAUUGGGACUUGAUGAUCAAGAUGGCUAGAUUUUCAGAGGUAUUCGAACCCACGUACGUGCUGCAGAGAUCCUUCUAUCAGAUUAUGGCAUUUCGUUCAAAAUGGGUUGUCUAUCAAUGGGUUGACCUAGUUUGUCCAAAGUUGGUUAGUCCUUCCAAUGGGUUCGACAUGGCCAUUGAAUUAGACCAAAAAAUAUAAGCCAGUUUUGGUCAUUUUAACGGCCCACUUUUGUAAACAUGGAAAGUCUGAUUUACAAGAAUUUGUUACAAUAAAUUAGGAUACUCUAAAAUACAAUCUAAGAUACGGAAUCCUAUCCUAUCAAUCAUUUCCUUUAAUUUUUCUUUAGUAUUUAAUAUGAAAUUUGAAAAGGUUUCUUUGAGAUUUGAUUUGAGAAUAUUCUUAAAUAGUAACCAACAUUAUUUGCCUAUUUAAAAUCUUAAAACCCUAUUGCGGCUUUUCACAUUACACCUAAAAGAAAAAGAAAAACUCCAUUGCAGUUUUGGUUUUUGAAAUUUAGAAGAAUGCCGACGAUGCCUAAUCUUCCGCUAGAGGUUUUGGAAGAGAAGAUUCUCUCUAGGGCUCCGGUUACAUUUCUGAGGGCAAUGCGAUCUACUUGCAAAAAGUGGAACAAUUUCUCAAAAGAGAAGAUUAUUCCCGAAGCUGCAAGGAAGCAGCAAGGUUUAAUGUUGAUCAAAAACAACAUCUGUUCCUUGAGUUUCAGUUUCCAAGGAAUCCACAAGGAUGACUUUGUCGUUCCGUCGAUAAAUCAGGUAAAUAUUCCUGACCACAUCAAGGUAGAUAAAAUCUUUCACUGUGACGGCAUAUUAUUAUGUGUUAUAGAGAAAAACUCUAGCCUUGUAGUAUGGAAUCCCUAUUUAGGGCAAACGAGGAGAAUCAAAGUCAGUAAUGAUCCCGACAGGAAUGAAAAGUAUAGGAAAUGUGAUAUGUAUGCUCUUGGUUACGACAACAACAACCGUAACCACAAAAUCUUGAGGAUUAUGAAAGAUUUUAGGCACAGUGACGGUUUAGGAUACGAAAUCUACAGAUUCGCAUCAAAUUCAUGGAGUUUGCUUGAUGAGGAAGUGAUGAAACCCGACUGGAAUGUAUGGUCUGCUCAACGAAGCUCCGUGUCUUUGAAGGGAAAUACUUAUUUCUUUCUUCAAGGGAAUGAUUAUGGGAAUGAAGAGGACGAAGAUGCCGAAGAGUACGAAGAUGACGACAUAGUGCCGAAAGAUAAUUUUUUGCUCUGUUUCGAUUAUACAACAGAGAGCUUUGGUCCGCGUCUACUUCUACCGUUUAACCCUCAUGUUGAAGAGACCGUGGCUUUAUCAUGUGUUGGAAAAGAGCGGCUCGCUAUGCUAUAUCAAAGCUCCAAGACAUCUGAGUCGAUAGAGAUAUGGGUAACAGAUAAGAUUGAUCCAAAAGCGGUGUCGUGGAGCAAGUUUCUGAAAGUGGAUAUCACACCACUCACUGGUUUUCCGGUUGACAUUUACGCUGAUAGUUUCUUCAUUGACGAGGAGAAGAAAGUUGCUGCGGUUGUCGAUGUACAUUAUUGCUACCAAAAAGCUCACAUCAUUGGAGAAGAUGGAUACCUGAAAUGUGUGAAUAUGGGAAGAGCUCCGGAUGUUGGAAAUGGUCAGCCACUUGUGUUCUCUUCUUAUGUUCCAAGUUUGGUGAAAGUGCCUAUCAAGCAACCAAAGGGUAAAAGAAAAGGUAGAGAUCUAAUAAAACCAAAAGCAAAACGAACAAAAAAGGAAGAAAGAUAAAGAUUAUUGGUUAAUUCCAUUUGCAAUGCUUUAUUUUGUUUCUUGCAUUCUCUUCUGUUUCCUUCAUUUGAUUUCAUGUCAUUUUAUGAACAAGAAUAUUUUCAUUCGGUUAUUAAUUUGUUUCUGCUAUUUACUAUCUAAUAAAGAAUUCAGUCUUUGCAUGUUUUAGUCUCUUUUCAGUACACCUUGUUCAAUAGCAGACUAAUUAUAUUUUAAACAGUUCGUCAAAUGUUGUUGUCUUUCUCUUUCCAAGAACGAUCCAAAAUGUAUUUGACAUGAUCGUGUCUGUUUUAUAAAAAUGGCACUCAUUCUCUAAACUUUAAGAACAACUCUUUCGAGAAAAAGAGAAGAAAAAUGUUGGAUCAUCAUCGUUGGAGCCGAGACACAUUACGGUGAUGAAGGUAUCUUAAAGGAAUCAUUAAGCCAGCCAUUGGACGAUCACCCCGAAACUCGUCCUCGAAUUUACUUAGCAGAGCUUGAAACCAAGGUUGGUUCAAGUAUGAGACUGAAACUCCUAAUAACUCUUCUUCUGGCUCCCUUUCACGUACACCACAAGGAAUCUUUUUGAGGCUGGCCUUUUGCUCGUUAAAGGUUCUGCUGCUGCUGCUAACUGCUAAGUGUGGCCAAAUAUCUUUUUCGCACUCAAUAGACUUCUCACCAAAGC